UUGAGAUCGAAUCCCAAUAAAAUGGUGCAACUAAAGCUCAUAGCCUUAACCUUGUCGGUGUUGUGGUCAUGGUGGAGUUUUGAGGGUGCAGUUGGAGACCCUCAACUCUUUCUACUCAAAUGGGAGUGCGGCGUAGUCUCGGUUCAUGACUUGUCCAACUUCAACCAAAAUCGUAACGCAAGUUUGGCAGACCUGAGAUUGCAGCUAGUGAGCAACCAAAGCAAGCACUUUCUCACGGCUCAAUCAACCACUGGAGCAGACCCUGUCUAUGCUAUGUUCCAAUGCCGGAACUACCUCUCCAACACUGACUGCACCGCCUGCUUAGCCGCCACCACCACCAAUAUCCGCAACUGCUCCACGGGAAAUACUGCCCGUAUCGUUUAUGACGGCUGUAUCCUUAGGUACGAGAACAAUGACUUCUUCGACCAAUAUCGCAUUACUGGCAGCCACUCACUUUGUGGAGAUCAAGCUGCAGAUGAAAGCACUGGUUUUGGUACCAUUGGACAGCAAGUGCUGAUAGAUCUGCAAAUAGCAACACCCAAAAUUAGUGGCUACUUUGCGGCUACCAAGACACAUAUUGCUGGCGGUGCAAUCUAUGCCGUUGCACAAUGUGCUGAAACUCUAACACAACACAACUGUUUGGAUUGUUUGUCAAUUCAACAGAUUGGUGUACAAGGUUGUCUUCCCAAUACAAAUGCCAGGGUAGUCGAUCCUUCUGGGUGCUUUAUGAGAUACUCGGAGAUACCCUUCUUUGCUGAUAACCAAACCAUUGAUAUCAGCCCCUUCUUAAAACAAGGUUCAAGUAAGAAGUGGUUCAUUAUUUGUGGUGUUGUUGGGAGUGCAGUCCUAGUUGUGAUCCUUCUUUUAUUAUUUCCCUGGCAUAGAAGAUCCCAAAGUCCCAAGAGAGUUACUAGAGGUACCAUAAUGGGAGCAACUGAAUUGAAAGGUCCAACCAAGUACAAGUAUAGUGACUUGAAAGCUGCAACAAAAAAUUUCAGUGAGAAAAAUAAAUUAGGAGAAGGAGGCUUUGGUGCUGUAUACAAGGGUACCAUGAAAAAUGGGAAAGUCGUUGCAGUCAAAAUAUUAAUUUCAGGAAAUUCCAACCAGAUAGAUGAUGAAUUUGAAAGUGAAGUAACAAUUAUAAGUAAUGUUCAUCAUAGAAAUCUUGUUCGGCUUCUUGGUUGUUGCAGUAAAGGCGAAGAAAGAAUCCUUGUUUACCAAUACAUGGCAAACACAAGCCUAGACAAAUUCUUAUUUGGAAAAAGAAAAGGUUCCCUCCACUGGAAAAACCGCUACGAUAUAAUUUUGGGUACAGCAAGGGGAUUGACUUAUCUACAUGAGGAAUUUCAUGUUUCUAUCAUUCAUAGAGAUAUUAAGAGUGGCAAUAUCCUCUUGGAUGAACAACUUCAGCCAAAAAUUUCUGACUUUGGGUUGGUGAAACUCCUACCAGGGGACCAAUCUCAUCUUCGCACAAGAGUUGCAGGAACAUUGGGAUACACAGCACCUGAGUAUGUAAUCCAUGGUCAAUUAUCAGAAAAGGCUGAUACAUAUAGCUAUGGAAUUGUAGUAUUAGAAAUCAUAAGUGGUCAAAAGAGUACUGAUGUGAAAUUUGUUGAUGAUGAUGGUGAUGAAGAAUAUCUUCUUCGACGAGCUUGGAGGUUGUAUGAGAGUGGCAUGCUCUUGGAAUUAGUGGACAAAAGCUUAGACCCUAAUGACUAUGAUGCAGAAGAAGUGAAGAAAGUCAUAGCCAUUGCAUUGUUGUGCACUCAAGCAUCGCCUGCAAAGAGGCCAGCCAUGUCUGAAGUAGUAGUUCUACUCAGUUGCAAUGAAAUACUUGAACAUAUGAGACCUUCAAUGCCUAUCUUUUUGAAGUCGAAUUUAAGUCCUCACGAAGACAUCUCUGCUGAUGAUUAAUUUAUAGUUAUAUGAAGCCAAUGAAUAUUCCUGUCCAGUUCAUUAUUCUAGAUAAGUACAA